GACUCCAAGUUCACCAAGGGGAGGGACUCCGCUGCCCUGCAUCUGGUCGAGGUGGGGGGCAUAGACUACACGGACCGACAGUGCUUCCCAUGCCAGGCAGGCUUCUACAGUGACGAGGGCUCUACUGAGUGCGCGCCAUGCCCUGUCGACCACUACUCUCAGGAGGGCUGGCCGGAGUGCAAGCCAUGCAGUGCUGACCAGUAUGCGCAGUCGCCUCCUCGAGCCAAGUGCACUGCCAGGCCUCCGUGCAACGUGACAACGGAUGCCGCCCCCACCUACGGCAACUGUAGCGCAAUGGACAACCAGAGGAUCAAG